UUCGACCGGUUUUAGUCAAUAGUGGCAGCUACUUACAAAAUCCCAGACCUUUAUGCAGAUCGUAACGUUUAUAUACAUAUUAGGACGCACGUUUUCAAUAUUUUAGUAUAGCUCGGAAACUUCAACGCGAAUCACCAUGAUUUUUGCCAAAUUGGUACUUAUUAUUUCCUUGGCCAUCAUGGCAGCCAAUAGUUCCGCUGGCCUGCUGGAUAAGCCCAUUUCCUCUAUAAAAACCAAGUUUUUGAACCAGGAACCCACCAAAGACGGUUACCGCAUCGCUUCGGAGAAGACCAAUGGCGGCAAACGCGAAGAAAUGGGUGUGAUCAUGAAUUCUGGAACCCCGGAUAAGCAGAUGGGGCUUAUGGGUACCUACUCUUCCUUUAGUGAGAUGACUGACACUGAUAAUGCAACAAUUUACACAGCCGACAUGACCCGCUACGAACUUAAGAACCGCACAUUGAGCGGUGGAUCUCUCAAGUCUCUCUCCGGUUAAAGAUGGUUUCAAGCUACCACCCAAAGCGUAUUACCUGUGACACCCAUUUGCAUUUACUGCCUAGAAUAUAAUUAAAUUUAAGAUUGAAUGAUUAAUCUGUCUAAAAUAGUCGAAGCAGGCUUGAACUGCCUAUUUGGACUUGUUCCUGAAAGCAUUUUUUUCAGAAAACAUGUUUUGAUAAAAAUAUAGAUGGCAAGUUGAUUGUUUUAGGUAAUUAUAAUAUUUAUGAAUUUUUGUAGGCUUUACAAAAGGCCAAGUUUUUUUUUCUAAUAUGAAUAAAAUUGUUAUA